CGGGGGUCGGCUUCCCUUUGGAGUUGUGUAUUGAUUCGGGCUUUAUUUCUCAAUUAAACAGAUACUUGGCUGAUGAUGCGUCAGGUUUCCAUAGUAACCGCUGUCCUCGUUCUCUGCAGUUACCUGUUAUCGGUUGUAAACGGUGAGAUCAUAGGGAGAGAUUCGGUCUGGACAGAGUGGUGGUGGACAUACGACGGUAUAUCAGGCCCGGCGUGGUGGGGUUCCAAAUGGCCCGUGUGUCGCCUUGGCAAAUACCAGUCCCCUAUAGAUAUCAAACCAGACAUGUUACUCUUUGACCCGGGCCUCACUGGAAUCGUCUUCUCGAGCAGCAAGAAGAUAAACGGGAAUCUGACAAAUACUGGAAAUGACAUCACAUUUUUUGUUGAUGACGUGUUGAUGCCGUACCUGAACGUGACGGCUGGUCCACUGCAGUACAACUAUCGCCUGCAUCAUAUGAAGCUCCAUUUUGGACAUGACGAGAGCCAGGGAUCGGAACACACCAUUAACGGACUGUCAUUUCCGGCCGAGCUUCAGUUGUUAACAUACAAUGCGGACUUAUACAACAACUACACACAUGCCCUUUCCUCGCCAAACGGACUGGCAGCAUUCGCUAUAUUCCUCGAGGUAGGCGAAGUGGCCAACGAGGCAUUCUCUAUGAUUUCAGAUGCAUUAUCCUUCAUACCUACAAAAGGCCAACAUCAGCGCGUGAGCGGGGUGCCUCUUCACGUACUUUUACCCGCCACACCACAAUACCUCACGUACGAGGGCUCUCUGACCCAGCCCCAGUGUCAGGAGACGGUCACCUGGGUCAUAUUCAACAAGCCAAUCUAUAUACUGCGGUAUCAGUUAGAACAGCUGCGAAAUAUCAACAAAGAGGGGGGAAGUCACCUGUUGAUAUUUGGAAACCUUCGGCCCUCACAGCCGGUCAAUAACAGGCUCAUAAGGACAAACAUCGGCUACAAACCCAAGACGAAAGCUUGCUCAAUGGCAAAGGAGGUGUUUUACGAAGUGAACACGAUAAAACCUCGUAACAGGAGAUGAGCGUCACUUUCUAUGGCAAUCUGCGUCUCCUUGUGUGAUUUUCGCCAGGCAAUAGUCCGCCCUGUCCUACAGUAUUAUAUAUAGGCGAUAGUUACAACAAGUGGUGUUUUUCUGCUAGGCUCUGCUGUGUAGUGUGUUGUGUGGUGUUAUAAACGCUUCAACCGAAUCAUGCCGUCCAGGACAAACGAAAGUGAUACAUCGUGUGUUGGUGAAAGAAUAAUUAUAAUGCUGAAUUUAUCAUGUUGUCGAUGUUGUUUGACCAGAUUGAAUUAAAUGGAAUUGUUUUUAAUGUGUGCAUGUUUUAAGUCACUCACUAAGUUUCGUAUACCAUUUACUUUAAACGAUGAUGUUAUUUGUUUAUAACUUUGUCUUCUAUGUCCCAGCAAUCGGUGAGCGGGCUAUAUAAGAAUCACCUUGUCCCCUUCCGUCCGUUCGUCCUUCCAUCCUGGGACGUCGGGACAAGUCUAAUUUUCGCCAUAAUUCCAUACGUUUUUUGAGGUUUUGACUACCGACUUUGUUGAGUAAAAAUGCUAUGCGAACGGAACGUUUUUUUGUGUUUUUGUAUUGUUUGAUGUUUUAUUAUUAUUAUUACUUUGCUUCCCUUCAUAACUCCAUCAGUGUUUGAGGUUUCUUCAAAUUGCGUACACAUAAUGACAGGGUUGAGAAGUAGUAGUGUCUAUAACAAACACUAUUUUGAGUAUGUUAUUUUUUAAAGUUAAUGUCCUUUGAUUAUUUUAUACUUAAUUUUUACAUGGACAAAUCUACUUUUCUCCAUCACUUAAUAUGACAAAAACAUUAUUUUGUAUAUGGCAUUUUAGUGUUAUGACCAUUUGAUUAUUUUUAUACUUGUAAUUGUACUUCUUUCUAUAAAUCCGUUUGGUUUCACACUUCAAAGAAAUGUUGACUGUGUUGAGCAGAAGUGCUGUGCAAAAGAACCCUUUUUGUGAAUGCAGUUAUUGCCCGUUGAUUAUUGUUAUUCUUUAUAUUUUCCUUCCCCCUAUAUUCACUAAUUGAACAAGUACUUUUAAAUAUUAUACCUAUUAGUUGAUCCAUACAAUUAACCUGCUAUUAGUACAGCAGCGGUGAACAAAUUCAUGCCUUAUUUCUUUAUAAUUUACCUUUGGAUCAUUAACUUAAUUAAGAACUUCUCAAAGACAUAGGGCAAUCAAAAACAAUAUUUUACUCCUAGUGAUACUUUUUAUUACUAGAAGGUGUAUUUUGUGAUUUAUUAAUCACAUACAGUGAUAGCUGUAGUUUGGAAUGACUCACAAUGAUAAUUUGUUAA